UCCGUUCUUAGAGGAUAGAGGCUUAAUGGGACCUCGGUGAACGCAUACGUUACAUCAGGGACAAACAUUUAAACUUCCGACAUUUUUUUCCUCUUUUUUUUCUGUCUGUCUCCGUUGUCAUAACUUUCAUGUCUUCUUCUCCAGUCUCUGUUCACUGUUUUCGGGUCAGACACUGUGGAUUAAUUGGAUGACUGAUCAUUUCCUCUGAUCUAAUUUAGUGGCCAUUUUAUUAGCUGUUGUGGGCCGUAGUUCCAGACCAGACGUAUUUUUAAUUAGACUGAGAAAAAUUCUGAUUAAUUAGAACUUUUAUUGGAAUCACAAACCUGUCAAGAUGAAGGAUCGACUGGCGCAGCUGAAAGAGAAAAGUGAUGGAGGAGAUGACAUUGAAAUCCCUGUGGAGAGUGAAGCAUUUAUGGAUGACUUCUUUGCUCAGGCAGAGGAUAUUCGCACCAGCAUUGACAAGAUUGAUGAGAGUGUGACAGAAAUUAAAAAACUCUACUCCACUAUCCUGUCUGCCCCCACAUCUGACCAGAAAACACAAGAUGAUGUUGAAGCUCUCACCAAUGAGAUCAAGAAGUCAGCCAACAAUGCAAGAAACAAACUCAAGAGUAUUGAGCGCCAGCUUGAGUCAAAUACAGAUGAGAGGGCUUCAGCUGACCUCAGGAUACGCAAGUCACAGCAUGCAAUUUUAGCCAAGAAGUUUGUAGAGGUGAUGACAAAAUACAACGAGGCUCAAGUUGACUUCAGAGACAAAAGUAAAGGUCGUAUUGCCCGACAGCUGGAGAUCACGGGGAAAGCAACAACUGAUGAGGAACUAGAGGAGAUGUUGGAGGGAGGCAACGCAGCAGUUUUUACUGCUGGGAUCAUGGAUUCAAAGAUCAACCAGCAGGCGUUGAAUGAGAUUGAAGCUCGCCAUAAAGACAUCAUGAGGCUGGAGAGCAGCAUCAAAGAGCUUCACGACAUGUUUGUUGAUAUCGCCAUGCUGGUUGAGAAUCAGGGCGGAAUGAUUGACAGAAUUGAAAGCAACAUGGACCAGUCUGUGGGUUUUGUGGAAAGGGCUGUAGCUGACACCAAGAAGGCAGCAAAAUUUCAGCAGGAAGCGCGCAGGAAACAAAUGAUGAUCUUCUGCUGCUGUGUGAUUCUGGCCCUCAUUCUCGGUUCAUUUCUCUACAGUUUCAUUAAAUAGACAGCGUGGUUAAGACCACCUACCAGAACUGUAUAGGGUGAGGCAGAAAAGACUUGCUUUUAGAUUAACUUGGAUUUUUGAACCAGCUUUAUUUCCCAUAAAACUGUCUGUUGAUGCUCCAUAGGUUGUGCUAACAUCAGUACCUCUUAUGUGGUGAUUGAUUAUCACUAAAUGCAAAAGAAUUAUCUGGUGCAAUGAGCUUGCUAACAUGAUCAUCAUCAUACGAGAGAGAGUCAAAAAGUUCUCA